AUGGUCGCACCGAUCAUCCUGUUGACGCCGCAGUUUUCGGCCAGCAUUUGCGGCGUGACCCUCAGUCCAAUCCUCGGCCUUCUUGGGUCGCUUGUUGCUGUGGUCGCCACCGCUUUGGGCAACCUGCUCCUUCCAGUUCUGCAGGGCGCCAUCAGCAGUGCCAUAACCAGUGCAAUCCAAAUCCCCUCAGUUGACGUGCCUGAUAUACCCCCAUUUCCGAUCGAGAGCGGCCAAAUUGCCAUUGACUACGGCAUCAACACCCUCUACGGCGAGGCAGGCACCAUCCGCUCGUCAGCCGACUGGCCCAUGACAAGCACGCUAAGUGCACCGACUUGGCGCGCGGGGCGCUCGUUCAUGGCGCCACGCGAUCUUCCGGCAUACCCCUCAGUCCCAGUGCUGACACCGGCAUCAAACGGGCUGGUCAACGCUCAGGUCGCCGAGGUUGUGGGCGAUUCAUUUUUGGCCAGUCUCUGGUACCUCGUUUGGCCUACCAUCGCGGCCGGGACAACAAGCAGCACGGCCACCCCUUUCUUCUGCAACUUGGUCUGGCCUACCGAGGCUCCCGGCGAUGACUGCCCAUUCCCACCCCUCCUAGUUCCAGCCCCUCGCAACGACCCUCUCGGGGUGGUCUUGGCGACUGUUUUCAACGACCUCUUCGGGGGUAAGUACCCUUCGGGAUGGAACUUGGCCAUCAUGAUCCCUCCCGUCACAACCACGUUUAACAGCACACCGGCACCACUUGGUUCCAUCGCGGCGGCAUCGUCGGCAAAGGUCUACAUCACAGCCUCCACCUCCGGCGACGACAGUCAGCAGCUCCUAGCUACUCUCACCUCUCCGAUCUCCUCGCGCAUCAAUGUGCCGACAUUUGAUGCGGCAACGGGCACGAUUGGUGACUUUGCUCUCUCCGACCUCCACGUCGGUGAUCUCAAUGCGACAUUUGCCCCUGGCGUCGACCAUAACACCUUCGUGACCGACUUGCUCGGACAAAUUACCGCUCUGCUCAACCAGCCCAUUGCCGAUCUCAUCAGUGAGGUCAAUAAGGCGAUCGAUGCGGCCCUCCCCAACAUCAAGCUGCUGAUUCCGCCCAUUCAGCAGGCGCCUCUCCCCACCCAAGACCUCCACCUCGACCUCACCGACGCGGUCCUGUCUGCGGUCGGCCCAGCCGGAGGUGGUGCGUACCUCAUGGGCACCGCAAACCUGGACGUAAGCAUCAGCCCGCAUGCCUAG